GGAUUUUCCGAGGAAAUAAGAUUACCUUCCUUCCUUCUCUCUCUCAUGCCGCCAUCUAUCUAGGGUUUCGUUUCCUCGUCUUUUCUUCUCUCGAUCGAGAGCUCAGCGCUUGGAGGAGAAAGCAGCGAGCGAGAGGGGUCGAGAACGACAGCGAGAUAGGGAGGGAUGGGGGUUCCGGCGUUCUACCGGUGGCUGGCGGAGAAGUACCCGAUGGUGGUGGUGGACGUCGUGGAGGAGGAGCCGGUGGAGAUCGAUGGCGUCAAGAUUCCCGUCGAUACCUCCAAGAUCAACCCUAAUGGCAUGGAAUACGAUAACCUCUACCUUGAUAUGAAUGGUAUCAUCCAUCCCUGCUUCCACCCCGAGGAUCGACCUGCUCCAACUACCUUUGAUGAGGUAUUCCAGUGCAUGUUUGAUUACAUUGAUAGACUUUUUGCCAUCGUUCGCCCUCGGAAACUUCUAUACAUGGCAAUUGAUGGUGUUGCACCGAGAGCUAAGAUGAACCAGCAGCGCUCCAGGCGAUUUAAGGCAGCAAAAGAUGCAGCAGAUGCGGCAGCUGAAGAAGAACGGUUACGUCAAGAGUUUGAGAAGGAAGGCAGAAAGCUUCCUCCAAAACUGGAAUCACAAGUUUUUGAUUCUAAUGUUAUCACUCCUGGGACUGAAUUUAUGGCUGUUUUAUCGUUUGCACUACAGUAUUAUAUUCAUUUGAGACUCAAUUAUGACCCUGGAUGGAAACAGAUCAAAGUUAUCCUUUCUGAUGCAAAUGUUCCUGGUGAAGGGGAACACAAAAUUAUGUCAUACAUUCGCCUGCAACGAAAUCUACCUGGUUAUAAUCCAAAUACUCGGCACUGUUUAUAUGGUUUGGAUGCAGAUCUGAUUAUGUUAGCUUUGGCAACGCAUGAAGUGCAUUUUUCAAUCUUGAGGGAGGUCGUGUUCACUCCUGGACAGCAAGACAAGUGUUUCUUGUGUGGUCAAAUGGGCCAUUUGGCUGCAGAUUGCCAGGGAAAUGCCAAAAGAAAAGCUGGAGAAUUUGAUGAGAAGAAUGAAGAUGUUGUAAAAAAGCCUUUCCAGUUUCUUCAAAUCUGGACUCUUCGGGAGUAUUUAGAAUAUGAAUUCAGAAUUCCUAAUCCUCCUUUUGAGAUUGACUUUGAGCGCAUAGUUGAUGAUUUUAUCUUCAUGUGCUUCUUUGUCGGCAAUGACUUUCUGCCACACAUGCCAACUUUAGAAAUUCGUGAGGGUGCAAUAAAUUUAUUAAUGGCUGUCUAUAAGAAGGAGUUUAGGGCAAUGGGUGGCUAUUUGACAGACUCGAGCAAGCCAAAUUUGGGCAUAGUUGAGCAUUUUAUUCAGGCAGUUGGAUCAUACGAGGAUAAGAUAUUUCAGAAAAGGGCUCGGUUGCAUCAGCGCCAAGCUGAAAGAAUAAAACGUGAAAAGGAACAAGCAAAACGAGGAGAUGAUGUAGAGCCAGACGUCAAACCUGAGCUUAUAGUGCCUGUUGCUCGUUUUCAAGGUUCACGUCUUGCAUCUGGUGCUUUGCCUUCGCCAUAUGAUCAGAGUGGACCUUCAAACAGGUCAGAAAAUACAAAAAAGGAUAACCAAGUUAGACAAGCUACUACUGCCAUGCAAGUGCUUAAUAUUAAGUCUAAUCAGUCUAAUACAUAUGAUAGUAAGGGAAUAAAUUUUCGAGCCCAAAAGGUAGCACGCAUUUUAUCAGAAGGAGCAACUGUUGGUGCUGCUAUUGUGGAGGCUGAGAAUAGUCUUGAUUUAGCAAUUCAGGAAAAUAGGGAGGAGUUGAAAACAAAACUUAAGGAAGUGCUUCGUGAGAAGUCGGAUAUUUUUAACUCUGAAGCUCCAGAGGAGGACAAGGUAAAACUGGGAGCACCAGGAUGGAAAGAAAGAUAUUAUGAAGAAAAAUUUUCUGUAAAAACUCCUGAAGAAGUUGAAGCAGUGCGAAGAGAUGUUGUCACAAAGUACGCAGAAGGCUUGUGUUGGGUUAUGCGCUAUUACUAUGAAGGGGUUUGCUCAUGGCAAUGGUUUUAUCCUUACCAUUAUGCACCUUUUGCAUCUGACCUCAAGGAUUUAGGUCAAUUGAAUAUAAGCUUUCAACUAGGUGUGCCUUUUAAACCUUUCAAUCAGCUAAUGGGGGUGUUUCCAGCUGCAAGUUCCCAUGCUCUUCCUUUGCACUAUAGGCAAUUGAUGACUGAUCCAAACUCUCCCAUAGUCGAUUUCUAUCCGACUGAUUUUGAGGUAGAUAUGAAUGGGAAGAGAUUUUCUUGGCAGGGUGUUGUAAAACUGCCUUUUAUAGAUGAGACUCGAUUACUUGCUGAGAUUGAAAAAGUGGAGCAUACUUUAACGGAGGAGGAAGUCCGUCGGAACAGUGUCAUGGCUGACAUGCUUUUCGUAAAUGUGUCUCACCCUCUCUCUCCAUAUAUAUUUUCUCUUAGUAGCAAUUCUGGACAACUGUCAGAGAAAGAGCGUGCUGAAGUAGAAGAAAAACUUGACCCAAGAGCCAGUGGUGGAAUGAAUGGAUAUUUGUCCCUUUGUGAUGGAGAUCCAUGCCCUCCUGUCUUCAGGUCUCCUGUUAAAGGAAUGGAAGAUAUAAUGGAUAAUCAAGUCAUAUGUUCUUUAUACAUACUUCCGGAUGCACAUAAACAUAUCACUAGACCGCCACCAGGCGUCAUUUUCCCAAAGAAGACUGUUACAGCUGGUGAUUUGAAGCCACCUCCUGUCCUAUGGCACGAAGAUACUGGCAGGAAGCCAUUUGAAAAUGGAAGGCAAAAUCCUCCAGGGACUAUUUCAGGCCGCCAACUUGGAGCAGCAGCUCAUCGGCUUGUCAUAAACAGUCUACAGAAUAGUGCAGACCGUAAUGGUGGUGACGCAAGUUAUGCUCCACCAUCAUAUGAGAUGGCUGCAAAUAGUAGACUAUAUUCAAACGGCAGAGACCAUUCUAUAGACCGGAGAGCAGCUGCUCGGGUAGAGCAUCAAGCUAGCAAUGCACAGUGGCAUGGUCCUGGUAACCAUUUACGUAACAGUCAUGGGCAGUGGUAUGCUUCUUCGGCGUCGAAUCAUCAUCACUAUGAAAGACGUAUAUCACAUCACUAUGAAAGAGAUCAACAGGGUAGGUCCCAUUAUACCCCAACUGGAAGACACAGCCAACCUGAUGUGAGGGGAAGAGUUCCAGUGCAGAGCUAUCCUCAAAAUGGAGGUCACCCUUAUCAUUCGGUAAAUAGAUCUGCAGCACUGCCACUAAUUCCAGGACCCUAUGGUCAUCCAGGGGCUGUAUACCAUGGUGGCUAUGGGGGCUAUCCAAAUUAUGGAGCACAGCAGUGGGAUCAACGGCAUGAUCCCAGGACAGGCCCCCUGCCAUCUCAACCCGCAGUUGGGAGAGGUUAUCCGCAUAACCAACAAAGUACCAAUCGUUUUGCAGCUUUAGAGAGGGGCUCAAACCGAAGGCCGCCACCACCACCAGGGUAUGGCCGAUACUAGGUUUGUACUCAACAUCAGCACUUCAGGUGCGCCAACAUCAUGUGGGAAACGCUGUAAGAUAGCAGAUCAUCCAAUUUUAGUCGAGGCUCAUCUUAUCUAGGCAAUUUGCUUGUUUGUAUUCUGUUAGCUCUGAAUCGGCAUCAUAGUGCUCUUUCUGAAACAUCAGCAAGGCUUGUAUGUUAGUAUUAUUUGGGAUGCCACCUUAAUUUGGUCUGGCAUCAUCUCAGUGUCUCUUGUUUCUUUUGAUAAAAUUGAUUUGUCCUUCAUAAUGAAGUAUGCUUAUGUUAAUCAAAUCUUUACAGACUUGUGUAG